UCCACCACCCCAACCUCUUUUACAACCGUAUAUACAUAUUACGAAUAAGUAUUUAAUACAAAUUGUACGUGGUAGGCUAUGGAUCAUAAUUGCAGUUCCAUGGCCCUCCCUUUUGGUAAUUUUCGCCAUUACCUUUACCUGCCCUGAGUGCUCACCUCUAUUUAAACACAAGUCCGAUAUUGCUUCUUACUCACCUUGUCCUCACUCUCUUGUCACUCCCAUCAUUCUUUUUUAUUUCUUCUUUUCCUUUGUGCGCCGAAAUUUAUAAGCUUAAAAUAGAAGCAAACAAUAUGAAAUCUACAAACAUGAAUGGUUCCUCUCCAAAUGUGUCGGAGACCGGUCGGACCAUUGUUAUAGGCUCGAGUGGGUUUAUAGGCCGGUUUGUUACGGAAGCCUGCCUAGACUCAGGCCGGCCUACAUAUAUUUUGGUCCGGUCUAGUUUGAACUCUCCCUCCAAAGACUCCACCAUCAAGUUUCUUCAAGACAAAGGAGCUACCAUUGUUUAUGGUUCUAUCACCGACAAAGAAUUCAUAGAGAAUGUUUUGAGAGAACAUAAGAUAGAAGUUGUAAUAUCUGCGGUCGGUGGGGAGGGCAUCAUGGAACAGUUAAAUCUGAUAGAGGCUAUUAAGAAUGUUGACACUGUCAAGAGGUUUUUACCGUCGGAAUUCGGGCACGACAUAGACAGAGCUGACCCAGUGGAGCCGGGGCUAACCAUGUACGAACAAAAGAGGAAGAUUAGGAGGCAGAUAGAGAUGUCUGGAGUUCCAUACACUUACAUUUGUUGCAAUUCCAUUGCUGCUUGGCCUUACCAUGAUAACACUCACCCAGCAGAUGUUCUCCCACCCCUUGAUAGGUUCCAAAUCUACGGAGAUGGCACUGUCAAAGCAUACUUUGUGGCGGGUACUGACAUCGGCAAGUUCACAAUCAUGUCCAUUAACGAUGAUCGAACGCUCAACAAAACUGUCCAUUUUCAACCUUCAAGCAACCUACUAAACAUGAACGAGAUGGCUUCACUAUGGGAGGAGAAGAUCGGCCGCACGCUUCCUAGGGUCACCAUCACGGAAGAAGAUCUGCUUCAGAGGGCCCAAGAGAUGCGGUUCCCACAAAGUGUUGUAGCAGCGUUAACUCACGACAUUUUCAUAAAUGGCUGCCAAAUAAACUUCAUCUUGGACAAGCCAACUGAUGUUGAAGUCUGCUCUCUCUAUCCAGACACUGCUUUUCAAACCAUCUAUGAGUGUUUCGAGGACUUUGCCAAGAAGAUAUUGGAUAAUGUUAAAGCGGUGAGCAAGCCAGAGCCUGCGAGCAACAAUGCUACAUUUGUGCCCACUGCCAAACCAGAAGCAUUGGCUAUCACCGCGAUAUGCACAUGACAAAUAUCUCACUCUAUCGGCUUUCACUUCAAUAAUUCUUUUACAAGUUAUUUUGUUUGUAAAAUGGAAAGAUCGAUGCUACUGUUGCCAGUUUUCU